AUGAGACCAGCAGAUUCAGUGGGAGCUCAAAUAGAUGAGAUCGAGCGUACAGAAGAAGAGGCAGAACCAGAAUCAGAUGAACCAAUUGCUGAGAGCAGCACGCCUCUAGCACUGGGUCGAGAACCGAGGAUGAGAAGGGCCCCGGAUAGCGAUAGCCAGAGUGCAAUCCAUCUGGCAAAGAACCCCGCGUUUCACUCGCGAACGAAGCACAUCGAGGUUAAGUAUCAUUUCAUCCGGCAACUUCUAGAGAAGAAGGUGUUGCAACUGAAAAAGGUUCCGGGAGAGAGAAAUCCUGCAGACAUGUUGACCAAGGCGGGCUUUGUGCAUGAGUUGAUCGGGACCAUCACCAUGAAUGGAAUUUGUGUUCGCCUGACCAAGAAGGCCACCACCUUCACCGACACCACCUUUGCCUGA